GCAUUUAAUUUAGUCAAAAAUCUCUUUCCCAGAAAGAACGCCAUAGGUCUUCUUUUCUCUCCUCUUCCCCACUCCUGACUCUUCUUCUACAUUUAUUUUCUCUUCAUCUCUCCCCUCCACCCUAAAACACACACCAAAAACACACUAAAAACACACACGAAAAACACACCCAAACAUGAAGAACCAAACCCAAAACAACCUCUUCUCAAUACCAAAGCUCUUGAACAUGCCUAGCCACAUUGUAAACCUCCUCUCUUACAUUCUUUUCUUUGCUUUUGGUCUAACACUUGGAAUUAUACUCACUUUUCACUUGAGAAACUUCUCUCUCAACUUUCAGCUCACACAGUUCUCUCUUUCCACCUCUAAUCCAGACUCUCCGCCCACACAAUCACCCCCUUCCCCACCGCAAGCCGAAACCAAAACCGAAACCGAACCAGAAACCGAAAGAAAAAUGUUGCAUGGUGGCCUAGAAGAGUUUAUAAGGCCACCUAACGUGAUGCAUGGCAUGAAGGAUCAAGAAAUUUUAUGGAGAGCUUCAAUAACUCCGAAAAUUAAGAAGUUUCCAGGGCCUAGAGUCCCGAAGAUCGCAUUCAUGUUUUUGACGAGAGAAUCGGUGAUUUUUGCGCCCUUGUGGGAAUUAUUUUUCAAGGGAAAUCAAGGGCUGUAUUCUAUUUAUGUGCAUUCCGAUCCGGCUUUUAAUGAAUCUUCCGUUCCGAAAAAUUCGGUUUUUAGUGGCCGAAGAAUUCCCAGCAAGAAAGUUGAAUGGGGAAAGGUUAACAUGAUUGAAGCAGAACGCCGCUUACUAGCCAAUGCACUUCUUGAUUUCUCCAACCAGCGGUUUAUUCUCCUAUCAGAAUCAUGUAUUCCACUGUUCAACUUCUCCACCAUUUACUCUUACCUGAUGAAUUCCUCCCAAAGCUAUGUGGAGGCUUAUGAUCUGGCAAGUUCAGUUGGCCGGGGCCGCUAUAAUCACAGAAUGUAUCCUCCCAUCAGCAUUAAGCAAUGGCGAAAAGGUUCACAGUGGUUUGAGAUGGACCGUGAUUUAGCCAUUGAGGUGGUAUCAGAUACAACAUACUUUCCUGUGUUCCAAAAGUACUGCAAAGGUUCGUGUUAUGCAGAUGAACAUUAUUUGCCUACAUUUGUCAGUAUUGAAUUCUCCGCGAGGAAUUCAAAUAGAUCCAUAACCUGGGUUGAUUGGACUAGGGGUGGACCACACCCGCUGAGGUACAUAAGAACAGACGUGACAGAACAGUUUUUGGGGAAGUUGAGGAGUGAAGAAUGCAGAUACAAUGAAAAUACCAGCAAUACAACCAAUGUGUGUUACUUGUUCGCGAGGAAGUUUUUGCCUAAUGCAUUGGAUCGACUGCUGAGAUUUGCACCGAAGAUUAUGCAUUUCAACUCAUGAGAAGAUUUUAUCAUUCAUAGUUACAGUCAUAAUUGAUUACAUAUUUAUUGGGGCAACAUACAUACCCAGUGCCUUCACUAUUAUUUCUCCGAUUCAUAUGUACUAUACUAAAACCCGAAUUGGAACCUCGUAUACAGACUGUAAAUGAAAAAACAAGAGAUAAUAAGAAUUUUAUUGGUUUUAUUCUUCAA